GGAACUAAAAAAGCAACGCAAAUAUCAUCAAUUGUGGCCAAUUAAAUUUAUUCAUGUUUUUUUGGCGAACUAUUUCAAUAUUUCCAACCACUGUAUAUGCUUGGAGCUUACCUAUUUAUUUAUUUUCUAUGUUUCUUCUUUAAAAAUCUGCUUGAACUAUGUGUCUGAUUGAAUCACAGUCUGGAAAUUAAAUCAUCAACUUUCAUUUAUAAACGUGUCAAGUUGUGGAACAACUUCAGAAUCAGACAAUCAUACUGUCAGAUUGUGUUUCGCUUACACACUGGUUGGUGGCGCUACGAACAGUUAAAAACAACCAUUUGCGUCGUACUGUCAAAUUUGGCGGCAUUCAAUAUACAAGACACACACGAACAGGCACAACAAAGAGUAUCGUUUAUUGGUUUUCAGCAAAGAAAUUAUAUUUUCAGUUUGUGAUUUCGACAAUUUUUCGUUUUUGUUUUGUCGUUUGUUUCGAUUGUAGAUCACCGCCAUGGGAAUUAAGGGCUUAUCACAGUUGAUUGCGGAUGUUGCACCAUCGGCAAUCAAAGAGAAUGAAAUCAAAAACUAUUUCGGUCGAAAGAUUGCUCUCGAUGCUAGUAUGUGCUUGUAUCAAUUUCUGAUUGCUGUUCGAGCCGAAGGGGCACAAUUGACGUCGAUCGAUGGUGAAACCACAUCACAUUUGAUGGGCACAUUUUAUCGGACGAUCCGAAUGUUAGAAAAUGGCAUCAAGCCCGUGUAUGUGUUUGAUGGCAAGCCACCCGAAAUGAAGUCCGGCGAAUUGGCAAAACGUACCGAGAAACGUGAAGAGGCGCAAAAAGCAUUGGAAAAGGCCACCGAAGCAGGCGAUGCAGCCGAAAUGGACAAGUUCAAUCGGCGUUUGGUUCGUGUGACAAAACAGCACAAUGCCGAAGCCAAAGAGCUGCUCACCUUGAUGGGCGUACCAUACGUUGAUGCGCCGUGUGAAGCGGAAGCUCAAUGUGCUGCACUGGCGAAAGCGGGAAAGGUUUAUGCCACAGCAACCGAAGAUAUGGACGCACUGACAUUUGGUACAAACAUUCUGCUGCGCCAUUUGACUUUCAGCGAAGCACGUAAAAUGCCGGUCCAAGAAUUUUUCUACGACAAAAUUCUCCAGGAACUCGAGUUUACGAAGGAACAGUUCGUCGAUUUGUGUAUUUUGCUCGGGUGUGAUUACUGUGAAUCGAUUCGAGGCAUUGGGCCGAAACGCGCCAUCGAAUUGGUUUCACAGCACAAAUGCAUUGAAGAAAUCCUGAAGAACAUCGACAAAAGCAAGUACAUUGUUCCGGAAGAUUGGAACUAUGAACAGGCUCGUGAGCUAUUUCACACCCCAGAUGUCGCUGAUCCAAACACUAUUGAUAUCAAGUGGACGGAUCCGGAUGAGGAAGGUUUGGUGAAAUACUUGUGCGGUGAUCGACAAUUCAACGAAGAUCGUAUUCGCGCUGGCUGCAAGAAGAUUCAAAAGACUCGAACGACAUCGACACAAGGACGUUUGGACAGUUUCUUCAAGGUUCUACCAUCCACACCAACCAACAACAAGCGCAAAUCAGAUGCCAACAAAAAGGAACCAGCCGGCAAGAAAGCCAAAACCGGUGGCAAAACACCACGACGAGGACCGAAGUAAUUAUGAUUAUUCCGCCAUCAUUUUUUUCUGUUCUUCAUUUUAAAUAAGACUUUAUUAAACUUGAAAUAAGUAUGACAACUUGUAAGAAAAUACUGCGUAUUCGGUAUAUAUUCGUUAAAAUUGAAAUAAAUUCGUAAUAAACGCUUAUCGUAAAA